GGAGGACUAGACUUCGGUGGUUCUCUAGACGGGCAUUUCCUUUACUCUCAGUUUCCUUAUUACCACGGUGAGGAUCUCGUGGUCAGGGAGUCGAAUGUAGAAGACGUGAGAAUGGUGGUCACACUAAGUGUGAAGCUCGGCCGUUCCGCUUCGGUGACCAGCGUCAGAGCGGGGACAGAGUUCGUCUUGCCCCGGGGACCACUGUUUUCUGCUGCUCCGGCCCGGCUCAGCCCACGGAGUUUGAUGGCGGCGCCCGCGCUGAGGCGCCCAGCUGAGGUUGGUUUUACCUUUGAGGACAUUGCUGUGUACUUCUCUCAAGAGGAAUGGCACCUCCUUGAUGAGGUUCAGAGACGCCUGUACCUGGAUGUGAUGCUGGAGAACUUUGCUCUUAUAUCCUCACUGGGAUGCUGCUGUGGAAAAGAGAAUGUGGAGGCACCCAUUGAACACAGCAUUUCUGUACAAGCAUCACAGGCAAAGAAUUCCAGUGCAGCUUCAUCUUCCCAGAAGAGCCACCCAUGUGAGAGUUGUGCGCCAGUGCUAAGAGACAUUUUCCUCUUGGUUGACCAGAAGGGAACACAACAUAGCCUGACACUGCUGAAGUGUGGGGCAUGUGCAAAACGAUUUUAUUUCAGUGCAAAUUAUUACCAGCCUGAAGAGCAGCACAUGAGAGAGAAAUCCUUUAUAUAUAGAGUGGAGAAGGUCUCUGUUGUGAAUAGCAGCAAUUUCCAUAAAUCAAAAACUUUUAUUGCUGGGGAGGUUGGGAAUAAUUUUCUAACCAUCUCAGGAAAUCUCCAGCAAAAUGACACUGAAAUCAGGGAAAGACCAAAUAAAAUUCCUGUGUCUGGAGUGACAUUUCAGAGAAGAAAAAAUCAUUAUACCUGGAAAUCAUGCAAGAAUACCACUGGCCACAAGCACACUCUUGGACAGGAUGAGGGUGUUCAUAAUGGAAGACAGUGUUUUUUGUGCCAUGAAUGUGGGAAAUAUUUUACCAGCAGCUAUGGCCUUCGUUGUCAUGAGAGACUUCACAAAGGAGAAAGGCCUUAUGAGUGCAGUGAAUGCGGAAAGUCUUUUACCACAGCUAGUAGCCUUGGAAAACAUCAAAGAGUUCAUCCUGGAGAAAGGCCUUAUGAAUGCAGUGAAUGUGGGAAAUCUUUCACAAGCAGCUUUGGCCUUCAGUGUCAUCAGAGAGUUCACACAAGGGAAAGGCAUUAUAAGUGCAAUGAAUGUGACAGAUCUUUUACCAGUAGCAGUAAGCUCUGUUAUCAUGAGAGAGUUCACACUGCUGAGAGGCCUUAUGUGUGCCAUGAAUGUGGGAAAUCUUUUUUCUUUAGAAGUCGCCUCCGUUUUCAUGAAAGAGUUCAUACUAGAGAAAGGCCUUAUGAGUGCCAUGAAUGUGGAAAAUCUUAUACCUGGAGCAGUAACCUCUAUGCUCAUAAGAGAGUUCACACUGGUGAAAGGCCCUAUGUGUGCAGUCAAUGUGGGAAAUCUUUUCAAAGAAAUUCUGACCUUCGUUUACAUCAGAUAGUUCAUACUGGAGAAAGGCCUUAUGAGUGCAAUAAAUGUGGAAAAUCUUUCACCAGUAACAACGGCCUUCGUUAUCAUCAGAGAUUUCACACUGGAGAAAGGCCUUAUGAGUGCAGUGAGUGUGGGAAAUUUCUCGUGAGUAACAAUGGCCUCCGUUAUCACCAGAGAGUUCAUAAGGGAGAAAGGCCUUAUGAGUGCAAUAAAUGUGGGAGAUCUUUUACCAGUAGCAGUGACCUCCGUUGUCAUCAGAAAGUCCAUACAAGAAAAAGGCUUUAUGCCUGUAGUCAUUGUGGGAAAUCUUUUGUUCGUGUUAGUAACCUUCACUAUCAUGAGAGAUUGCACACUGUAGAAAGGCCUUGUGAGUGUCCUAAAUAGAAAAAUCUUUUAACAGCAGUCAUUGCCUUUAUUGUCAUCCAAGAAUUCACACACUAAGGCCUUUUGAGUGCAAAAAAUAUGAAAAAUAUUUUACCAUGUUGCCAUAUUAUUUUGUUAUACAUCACACAAGAGAAAGGCCUCAAUGUAAGCAGCAAAUGUAGGAAAUCUUUUACCUGUAGCUGUGGCCUCUGUUGUCAAAGAACUCAAGUUGGUUAAAGGGUUCAGGCAUGAAGUAAAUGUGGGAAAUUAUUUAGCCAUAAAAUUAUGCCCUCUUGACAUUGAAUAGUUAACACUCUGAAAAUGCUUAGGUUUUAGGGAAUGCUAUUUUCUUGUUCAUUAUAAUGACACUGAAGAAAACUGAGUAUCCAUCCAUCUGGGUUAACCUUUAUACAAAUAUUCACAGAGUGGACAUUUCUCAUAAGUUCAUGAUGUAAACUGAUUGUAACUUUUUAGAUUCUUACCAGCAGUGUAGGAGAGUUCCAUUUCAGCCACACUAAAAAGCUGUUGAUUUGCUUAAACUUUAUUAAUUUUAGCUUUUUAAAUAGGUUUGUUGUGCACUCUUGCUGUUAUAGUUGCAUUUUUAUAAGAAUUCAUGAGCAUUUUUGCAGAUGUGUAUUUAAUAAUUAUAAAAUUUUAGUAAAAUGUGUGCUCAUGUGAUUUACUUAUUUUAUUAUGAAUUUAAAUGCUUUAACCAAUAGGACAGUGAAACAACAGAUAUGUUACAAUGCAUUGUCACUUAUUUUUACUUCCUCAAUAACAGGCAUAACUCUUGCUUUAUGGUAUAAUUGUUUUCAAUACAGGGAAAAUAUUUCCAGUUUUUAAAAAGUAUUUU